AGGCACCAGCCAGUUCAUUUGGAGCGAACGCACAGAGAGGACGUAUUUUGGGUUCACCUUAAAACUUUUCGUAACUUUAUCAUGGCGUUGCGCUGCGUGCUUGCAGUACUGGCAUUUGUGGGGGCCACGUUGGCGGGCUCCGAUGUGACCGAAUUAAAGGUCGAAGUAGUCAGCACACCCGAGGGAUGCACUGUCAAAUCCAAGAAUGGCGAUAUGCUUACGAUGCACUAUACCGGUACACUUGAUGACGGCCACAAGUUUGAUUCUAGCUACGACCGCGACCAACCUUUCACUUUCCAACUCGGUGCCGGUCAGGUGAUCAAAGGUUGGGAUGAGGGUCUCGUUGACAUGUGUGUCGGUGAAAAACGAAAGCUGGUGAUCCCGUCGUCGCUCGGAUACGGUGAGCGCGGGGCCGGCAACGUGAUCCCACCUCACGCCACCCUCCACUUCGAAGUGGAACUUAUCAACAUCGGCGACUCGCCCCCAACAACCAACGUAUUCAAAGAGAUCGACGCUGACAAGGACAACAUGCUGUCCCGCGAAGAAGUGAGUAUAGAGUUAGCCUUCUUGGCAAUGGACACAGAUCGUGACUCGGUGUUGUCGAGAGAAGAGGUCAGCGAAUAUCUGAAGAAGCAGAUGGUUCCAUCCGACGGCGCUGAAAUUAGCGAAGACAUCAAACAAAUGCUCGAGAGCCAUGACAAACUAGUCGAAGAAAUAUUCCAACAUGAAGACAAAGAUAAGAACGGUUUCAUCAGCCACGAAGAAUUCUCAGGACCCAAGCACGACGAACUAUAAAUGUUACGUACAAAUAAACUCCCAAAUUAGGCUAACACUGCGGGGAGUACCAUAAUUAUAGACUAUAGAGAUUGGCACAUAUUUAUAAUCCGUAUAAUAUAUUAUAUUGGCUCAGUUAAGUUAUAACUUUUAAUAUGGAGUGACGCGUCGAUUACUGCAUGAUUAUGCAUAAUCAGAUAGUUAGUCUUUACUUUUUAGUGUAAUUUUUAUACAUAAUUAUGUUGUUGGUACUUAUGCCUUUUAUUAUGUUAAGUCAAAUAAUUUAUUUUAAUAAGUAAUAGAUUUUACACCGUUUCGUUUUCUAUUCAUAUUAUAUUUUGUAAUAUUAUGUUUUGCAUUUUUUCUGAUUAUUAAGAUAGUUAUUGUUGUACUCUUAUGUCUUGGUAACAUUCAAACUUUAUUACCAAUUACCAUAGAUCGAUAUAUAUAUUAUCAUAGAUCUGUAAUGUCGUUAUACCUAACUCACAUUUCAAACUUUCUUAUGUUACAUAAUAUCUAAUUAUUAAAUAAGUAUAAUAUGUCUAUGGUAUACUCAGCUUAAAUAUUUGCAAUAGAAAUUAUAUAUGAAGAUCAUUUCUUGAGAUGUUGAAAUAAAUUAUAAUAUGGCUAAAA